AUGUACACCAAGUCACACACCUACAGAGAGGAAAAGAGAAACACAAGAAAACAACAACAACAACAACAGGAUACCAACAGCACACAAGGCACUCACAAUACAAUAAUCACAGGUGCCACUCUCAUCGGAGAAAAGCACUCACCCACACCAGCACAUCAACUCAAACCCAAAAAAAGAAAAAAGAAACAGACCCAUUACGUGAAGCCGAAGCGGAACAGUUUCACUUCACCUCUUCCCCGCAGGCUGCAGUCACACAACAAACAACACACACCACAAGAGCAGAAAUAUGUUCGUGGUAAUACCGUGUGA